CAUUAGAUUUUUCAGUUAAGAUUAGGUUAAAAAAAACUCACCUUGGAAGUUUUCUAUCUAGGUAGUUUUCUUGUUUUUCUUUAUUUCUACAUUAAGCAAUUGCAAAGAGAUUUCUUUCUUUCUGCUGACAGAUUCCCAUAUAGAAUAGAACCCAUCAACCAUUUUCGACCCCCGCCACUUCCCAAAUUCUUCUCUGACACUCUCUUAAAACUGAUUUUUUUUUUUUUUUUUUUGAAGGGUAUCCGAAAUUGAUUGCUCUUGGGUUCGAAUCAAGAACUUGUAUCAAUCUUCUUGCGCAAAAAAUCUGUUGAAAUUACUGGUUUCCUUUGAUGGAUUUCUGGGUUUUUGUUUUUUCGAUGUUUUGAGUGGCUUUUAGGUGUGAUCUUCUGAGAUUUGAUCUGGGUUCUUGAAGAUUUAGCCUAAAAGAUUGAUUUGUUAUUUGAUUGUGAAAGAGUUUCUGGUGAUGAUAGCAACAUAAGGAGUUCAUUUGGGAUCUUUGUAUAGUUUAGACCUGAUCUGCGUUGAUGAUUAUGAGAAUUUUUUGAGGUGGGCUUUUGGUGGGAGGUUCUUGAAUGGCUGGAGAGGAUUUGAUUGAGCUCAAAUUCAGGCUUGCUGAUGGGACUGACAUCGGGCCGAGCAAGUAUAACCCUAGUACCACUGUGGGAUCUCUCAAAGAAAAGAUAAUUGCACAAUGGCCUAAAGGUUGUAAAUUCUUUUACCCUCAUAAAGAUAAUGCUCCAAAGACUAUAAAUGAUGUGAAGCUUAUUAAUGCGGGAAAGAUACUGGAAAACAACAAGACACUGGCCGAGUCCAGACUCCCAAUUGGGGAACUUCCAGGAGCAGUCAUCACUAUGCAUGUUGUCGUGCGUCCUCCUUUUUCAGACAAAAACAAUGAAAAACUGCAGGGCGAUUUCCCAAAGAAGAACAGGUGCUUUUGUACCAUCCUGUAAUGCCAAGAUCGACAGUGAUUCGUUGGUUGGUUUCUAUAUCUCUCCAUACGUGUGUGUCAGAUGGUUGCUCAGUUUUGUUUCAAAAACUCCCCAGAUUUCAGGUAUUCUUGGCUUCAACUGGCUGCAGAAACAAGAACCUUGGAGGUGUUUUGUUUGACUGUUAUUUGUUGCUUUGAUGUUGUGGUUUCUCACAGUAAAUGUCUUGUAGUACAAG